GAAGAACAAGAGGGAUCCUAUAAAUAAAGUGCAGAAGAUGGUGAGGAUGAAAAUUAAGUAACAAACAAACCCUCACCAAAUAUUCAGUUGUAAACGUAACCUCUCUCUCUCACACAUUUUCCCUCCCAUCGUUUCUUUUGUUUUCUUUCUCUCUUCUCUUCUACACAAAACAACAACCAUUUUGCUUCCACAACUCCAAAACCACGAACUCAACAAGAUUCUUCAAAUUAGGUAUAAACCACCAACAACAACCAGAUCUGGUGAAUUGCAUUGAUUCAAACAAAUUUAUCUUUGGCAUGAUCUUGAUUCAAACGCCGCUUCACUUCUGAAUUUCUUCCGCCAUGGAUUUAAUCUCUACCUACAAUGUCGUUCCUAACGCUUCUCAUUUCUCCGUCGCGAUCUACUUCGCUUUUGGUAGUUUGGCUGCCAGGUUCAUUCUUGAUAGAUUCGUCUUUCGCAGGUUAGCCAUCAGGAUGUUGACAAAGGGUAAUGCUCCUUCACGGAUUACUAAAGAAAUGGAAGUAAAGAUUGGAAAAUGCACGGAGUCAAUGUGGAAGCUAACAUACUAUGCUACAGUUGAAGCUUUUAUUCUUAAAUUUACCUACCAAGAACCCUGGUUUACUAAUUCCAAAUUGUACUUCAAAGAUUGGCCAAAUCAAGAACUGAAGAGUCCUGUAAUGAUAUACUACAUGUGCCAAUGUGGGUUCUACAUUUAUAGCAUUGCUGCUAUUCUCGGGUGGGAGACUCGAAGGAAGGAUUUUGCAGUGAUGUUUUCUCACCAUGUAAUUACGGUUAUACUGAUUGGGACCUCAUAUCUAACAAGUUUUUUCAGGAUUGGGUCCAUAAUUCUAGCCCUUCAUGAUGCAAGUGAUGUAUUCCUGGAAGCUGCCAAGGUAUUCAAGUAUUCUGGAAGAGAAUUUGGUGCUAGUGUGUUCUUUGCAUUCUUUGCAAUUUCAUGGCUCGUACUGCGGCUAAUUUUCUUUCCCUUUUGGGUUAUUAGAGCGACAAGCCUCGACCUUCAGCAGUGCUUAAAUCUAUCAGAGAGUUUUCCCAUGUUUCUUUACUAUGUGUUUAAUACAUUGCUCAUAAUGCUGCUCAUCUUCCAUAUAUACUGGUGGAUGCUCAUAUGUGCGAUGAUCAAUAGACAGCUGGAAAAUAGGGGAAAAGUUGGUGAGGAUAUUAGAUCAGAUUCAGAUGAUGAUUGAACAGAUGAAGGAUUUUUUUUUCUUGUUUGAGUUUUCUUACUCGUAAGUGGUAGCUAGCUCGCUUUUGAGUUGUCUGUGGAUAUCUAGAAGUUCAGUUGCGUAGUACAACCAAUUGAUGAAGGCUGAAUUUUCGUUAGUUUCAAAUUUUUCAUUGAUCACCUGGUAAAAUUGAAGUAGGGGAACCGUCGAGCAUAAGUCAUAUUUUUGCUGUAUAAAAUCAUAGGAAUUCCUGUAUAAUUUUUCCCCCUCCCAAACAAACCCGUUUAGUAUCCCAGGGGUUUAGGAAAAGUAGGCGAUAAACAAAAUUAAGAAAAGAAUUCUUACAGUGAGCUACUUACUUUGCAUGCUGUUUGAUGCAGUGUAAGGUGUUGCUCUGUCUUGUGGAUGUCAUUUCAUGUAAAAUUGUGGUGAUGUGGUUUUACUGGAAAUUUCAAUUUCAAU